UGAACUACUACCAGCGCGUGACGCGGGCCGUGCUGGGUGACGACCCCCAGCUGAUGAAGGUCGCCCUCCAGGACCUCCAGACUAACUCCAAGAUCGCGGCGCUGUUGCCCUACUUCGUCUACGUGGUCAGCGGGGUGAAGUCGGUCAGCCAUGACCUGGAGCAGCUGAGCCGGCUGCUGCACAUCGCACGGAGCCUGAUCCAGAACCCGUACGUGUGCCUGGGCUCCUACGCGCGCAGCCUCAUUGCCAGCGUCACCUACUGCGUCCUGGAGCCGCUGAGCUGGCUACAGUCUGCUGUACCUGGCCCCUGGUGCCCCCCAGAGCCAGCUGCAUGUUAUAUCCAGCCCCCAGCACCCCCCAGGGCUGGCCACAGCCUGCUAUACCUAGCUCUCAGCUCCCUAGAGCCAGCUGCGUGUUAUAGUCCGCACCCCUCCAGAGCCAGCUGUAACAUGUUAUAUUCAGUCACCGGUGCCCAUCCCAGAGCUGGCUCCAACCUAUUCUACCCAGCCCCUGCCCCUGGUGCCCCCCCAGAGCCAGCCGCAGCUUGUUAUCCCCAGCCACUGGUGCCCAACCCAGAGCUGGCUGCAGCUCGUUCUACUCAGCCCCUGCCCCUGGUGCCCCCCCAGAGCCAGCUGCCUGUUAUACCCAGUCACCAGUGCCCAUCCUGGAGCUGGCUGCAGCCUGUUCUACCCCGCCUGUGGUGCCCUCCAGAGCCAGCCGCAGCCUGUUAUAUCCAGCCCACGUGUCUUCUCUGUCUCCCAUCUGGGCUCAACACAGCCCCUUCCCCUGGGGAGAAAGGGUGGGGGGGCAGGAGGGAGUUUCAGCUGCUUCUCUGCCCUGCUAGGACACACGGCGACCUGGUGAGUGGGCUCUACCACCAGAUCCUGCUGUCGCUGCAGAAGGUGCUGGCUGACCCUGUGCGCCCGCUCUGCUCCCACUAUGGAGCUGUCGUGGGGCUGCACGCACUGGGCUGGAAGGCGGUGGAGCGGGUGCUGUACCCCCAUCUCUCCACCUACUGGGCCAACCUCCAAGCCGUGCUGGAUGACUACUCAGUCUCCAACGCCCAGGUGAAGGCUGACGGGCACAAGGUCUAUGGUGCCAUCCUGGUGGCCGUGGAGCGUCUGCUCAAGAUGAAAGCGCAGGCGGCCUCAGCCCAGCCCCCGACCGAGGGCUCCCGGCCCCGGCCCGAUGCCUCGCCCUGUCCCAGCCCUGGCCAGGACCCCCCCACGGAGCCUGGCUUCGGCAUCGCCACCCACCUGCUGCAGCUGGGGGGGCCCCCAAACCCCCGGGAUGAGGGGCCCCCCCGGGCCGAGCGCCCCGCGCCCCCUCGGCCGGCUGCAGCCCCUCGUGCCCGCGGCACCCCCCGGCAGCCCGGGCACCGGCCCGGUGUGCGCGACGUCUUCCAGAAGAGCCGCUUGGCGCCGCGCGGGGCUCCGCGCUUCAGCUUCGUCAUUGCGGGGCGCCAGGCCGGGCGGCGCUGCCCCGGCCGCCUCUUCCAGACCUGCUUCCCCCAGCACCACGGGCCCGGCCACGUGUCCCGCUAUGCCCAGAAGCUGCCCAUGAUCGGCCGCACGGCCCGGCCCCUGCGCAAGUGGCGGCUCUCCGAGUACUCCCUUUACCUGCCCCUCUGAGCCCUGCGCCCUGGGGGGCAUCGGCCUUUCCCGGCGCCCCCCCGGGGGGCUGGUGCUUGAAUAAAGACACAGCGGCCGCCAGGGCCCAGGACCUAG